GUCGAGUUCGAGCGAGUUCGAGUUACUCGACUCGACCGCUCGGUUUUUUUGCGUAAUUACUCAACUCGGAACUCGGGAUUAUAAUACUCGGAUUACUCGAACUCGGAAAAUUCCUACUCAACUCGGAAAAUUCCUACUACGAUUAAAAGUGAAUAUGUAGUAAACGUUUUAAAUAUAAAUUGUAAUAUCUUUUUUAUUUAGAAAAAUUUCAGCAAAAAAGGGAGGGGGGGGGCAUUCUAUUAGAGGGGGGCAUUCAAAUGGAGGGGGGCAUUGUAUUUUUCGAUCUUCCGCUAGAGGGGCAUUCUAUUAGAGGGGGACAUUCAAAUGGAGAGGGGCAUUCUAAUAGAGAUAAUACGGUAUUUAUUUUUAUACCUAACAGUUGUAGGGCGAACUCCGAGACAUUUUCCUUUCAGAUUCCUAAUAGUUUCGAUUCUGGCUCCUAUGUUUCUCAAAUUUCUGGGCUGAGUCUAACUCCCGGAGGUAUAACCACCUUGUCUUUUACAGUUUCGCCCUUUGUCUUUCUCCCAUUUUUGCCUCCUUUUUGUUUCGCCUUUCGGGUUUAUCUCAAAUCUGUCAUUCCUGAUAAAUAUAGCCGUCCAUUGUCUCCCACAAAUGUUGGGGAGGAUUCUUCAGUUCAUCAUUUAAAGCCUAUGGCCGAUGAAAGUUAUUUGUCUGGACAUACUUCUGGUCGGCAUCGUCGUCGUUCUUCUUCUGGAGGUUCAGAUCGUGUUCGUUUUGUUCCAGUUUUGGAGCCUUUGGCUGAACUUGCCGAAGCGGCAGGAUAAUUUUUGUUGUAAAGAUUAAACGAUUAAUUAAUUUAAUCAAAAGAAAACUUUAUUUUAAAAAUUGUUCUCAUAUUUAUCUUUCUCAUUUUUUAUUCUUUAGUAUUUAUUUAUUUUUAACCACCAUUUUUUGAAAUUUAAAUAUUUUAUUUUUAAAAAAUGUUGUCGUUAUCAAUCUAAUGGAAAGUUUACUUUUGAAUUUUUAAUGGCAGGAAAUAUCAUUUGAAUUAGGGUAGUAUCGUGAAUUUCAGGGCCGUGAGUUUCGGGGGUUGGGGUUGCCUGGGAGGGCAUAGUGGAUGACUGGG